AUGGAAUAUCUGAGCGCCUGGGAUGUGAUCUUGGUCAAAGUAAGCCUUGCUGGCUUACUGGUGGCUUUUGCGAAAUCCUGCGCUAGCCACCUUUUCUUGUCGAGGAAAGAACCCGUCAGUUUUCCGUUACUUGCGGCUCGCAAGCAAGUCAUAACGUUACCUCCGACACGGAGUAUCAAGAAGAGACUCGAACAGACAGGCAAGAGUUGUAUCAUCUUUUAUGGGAGCCAGACAGGGACAGCAGAGAAGUUCGCCUUGAGACUAGCCAAGGAAGCAAGCACAAAGUAUGACCUCCGGAGCAUGGUCGCUGACCUCGACGACUUCGACUUCGAUGACCUUAACACUUUGGAGUCCGACCAAAUUGCGAUCUUCGUCCUUGCCACUUAUGGUGAGGGCGAUCCUACGGACAAUGCGAUUGCGUUCAAUCAAUUUCUCAAAGGGAAAGAACGGCGCGCCAGUCUGCACUCUGCCGAGCACGCACAAAUGCAGCUUCAAUACGCUGCUUUUGGCCUUGGGAACAGCUCAUACCAGUCCUAUAACUCGAUGAUCCGCCAGGCUGAUACUAUACUUCGGUACUCCGGCGCUAUGCGAAUCGGAGAUCUUGGUCUAGGAGAUGACGGAAAGGGCACACUCGAAGAUGACUUUGCGGAUUGGAAAGACACUACCCUAGCUGCCAUUGCGGACCACUUCCAUCUACCCGAGUUGGAAUAUACUUUCAAGGCUAACUUCGAGGUGACCGAGUCGGAGCUUGCCCCAACAACCGACGUGUUUCUCGGCGAGCCGAACAAAUUGCAUCUAAGGAACAAGAUUCGUGGACCAUUUACAUCGCAGAAUCCUUUCGCUGCCACGAUCGUUAAAGCCGAAGAGCUAUUCAACUCAAACGACCGGAAUUGUCUCCAUAUUGAAUUCGACAUUGGAACUACCACCCUGAAGUACGACACCGGUGAUCAUCUAGCCGUCUGGCCCGUCAACUCUGAUAUGGAAGUUGAACGCUUCCUCCGUGUUUUUGGCUUGUAUCCACGAAAAAGCGCUGUUAUUGGCAUCACAAGUCAGGAUUUGACCGUGAAGGUUCCUAUCCCAGCAAGGACGACUUACGAGGCGGCGGCUCGUUAUUACUUGGAUGUUGGGGCACCGGUAUCUCGUCAACUGCUCGGGAUCCUUGCAAGCUUUGCAAAGAGCGAGUCGACUCGAUCGGAGUUGGUCAAGCUUAGCGGCGACAGAGAAGCUUUCCAGCGCGAGGUGGCAGACAAGCGCUUGAACCUGGCUCAGACGCUGUCAACAAUUGCUCCGCAUGACUCCUUCGAAUCCGUCCCAUUCUCGUUCCUCUUGGAGAACGUGGCCAAGCUGCAGCCCCGCUACUAUUCGAUCUCGUCUUCCUCGCUUCUCUCAAAGAACAGGAUAUCGAUAACAGCCGUGGUCGAUUCCGCUCAAUCCUCAGGUAGCCAAUUCAAAGGAGUGAACACCAGCUACCUACUUGCCUUGAAAUCCAAUUACUUAGCAGCGCCGUUGGAUGCAUCGGCAGCUGCUCUCCCAUCCGUACCAGCCGUUCCACAGACGCACCAGAUCAACGGUCCUCGAGGGUUGUUUUCGCAGCCGACAGCACUUAUCCAUGUCCGUCGCUCUAAGUUCCGUCUCCCAAGACAGUCAUCGACUCCGGUAAUAAUGAUCGGGCCCGGGACGGGUGUUGCGCCUUUCCGCGCCUUUGUCCAAGAAAGGGCUAUGCGAUCCCGUGCAGGCCAAGUACUAGGACGAACAAUGCUCUUCUACGGCUGCAGGAGAAGUAAUGAAGAUUUCCUCUACAAGGAGGAAUGGCAGGAAUACGAGAAAUCGUUCUCAAAGGGUACAUUCUCUCUCCAUGUAGCUUUCUCUCGGGAGCUGGAAAACAAGAAGGUUUAUGUCCAAGAUCUACUCCACGACCACGCUGCAGAACUGAGAAAUCUCAUUCUACGGGAGAAUGCUUAUGUCUAUGUGUGUGGCGAUGCGUCUCGGAUGGCCAAAGACGUUUUCAGAGCAUUUGCGCACAUCCUCGCCGAUGAGGGUGAGAAGGACUUGAAGGUGACAGGCGAUUGGUACUUGAGAACCAUGAAGGCAGCCGGCCGCUGGAGCGAGGAUGUUUGGUGA